AAGCCCUUACUGGAUUUCUCAGAACAACUUCUUCAUCGUCGUAUCUUGCAAUGCUGAAGGAACGGUUUCUGGUCGGUCUCCUGAUGUGGAUUUCAGCACGUCGUGCGGCCCAAUUCCGUGUCUCAACUCGUUGGUGGCGCCGUACUGUAACGUGUAUGACUGCUGCAUUCAGACCAUAGGAUUGACCAAGGAAGUGACUAUGUCAGGAAGAGGAAUAGGUUUUGCAGAAUUCCCGAAUUGUGGCUACUCCACCCUUCUGUACCCAAGUACGUUUAGUGUACCAGGGAGAGGAUAUGCACAAGGGCCUGGAGUUGGUGAUGGAACCUACGGAGUCUCUCUGUGGUAUGAAAUCCAGAGGAACGCGACUGUUACCAACUGCGCUGAAGCUGCAAAGGAUCAAGACAAAUUUGAAUGCUCCAAUAAUGCAAGAUGCCAUGACAAGACCGGCGGCUACAUCUGUCAAUGCCAGACGCAGGGCUACGAGGGUGAUGGCUAUACAUUGGGCACCGGCUGUAAAGAUAUCAACGAGUGUUUGAAGCCAAACAAUUGCUCCAGCAUUGCUACAUGCGUCAACACCUAUGGGAGCUAUGAGUGUAAAUGCCCUGACAAAAUGGAAGGCGAUGGUAAAGAUCCCCAGCUGGUUCCUAAUGUUACCAAUUGCAUUUGGAUCGACCAAUGUACAAAUAAUACCGGACUCUGCUCCCCAAAUGCUGAAUGUUUUUUCGACACCAGCUCUGGCGUUGUUAACUGUAAAUGCCAAGGUGGAACUUCCGGAGACGGUCUCGUAAAUGGAACUGGUUGCAAAGAGACUUCAAAUUUGGCCAUCAUUAUCGGCGUGAGUGUCGGUGGUGUGGUAUUCAUCAUCAUCAACAGCAUUCUUUUAUGGUGUUUCGUUCGGAGGAGGCGGCUUGCGUUCGAUCCAGCGAUUUUCUCACAGCAAGAGCUGCUGAAUGAGAUCGAGAACAAAGAGGGUGCCAAAUUCUGCAAAACCUUCACCUUCAACGAGCUUCGAGAGGCAACGAAAGACUUCUCGGUCGAGCUCGGAUCUGGAGGAUUCGGCACCGUAUUCGAAGGAACCCUGCCGGACGGAACCAAGGUGGCCGUCAAGAAGGCCAAACACGGAAUGGGCGAGACACGACGCGAGGCGAAGCAGUUCGUCAAUGAGAUUGUCAUUCUGUUGCAAUUGAAUCAUCGGAAUCUCGUGAACUUGCUGGGUUGCUGCUUGGAGACACGGGUACCCGUCCUGGUAUACGAAUUCGUCUCUAAUGGCAAUUUGGACGAACACAUCCAAAUGAAACGCGCAACGGAAGCUGAGGGAGAGGCUGACGACACUAGCGAUUUGUGUCAUCCCCCCCUCAACUGGACUUUACGUUUGAAGAUAGCCAUUGAGACAGCGGAGGGUUUAUCAUAUCUCCACUGGGGGACGUCUCCACCCGUUUACCAUCGAGAUGUCAAGUGCGCCAAUAUUCUUCUGGAUAAGGCUUACAAUGUAAAAGUCGCUGAUUUUGGUUUGUCGAAACUCGUCCCCCUCGAGGACACAGCUGCAUAUGCGGUCCCAACUGCAAUACAAGGUACUCCUGGCUAUAUGGACCCGGGGCUUUUGGACCAGUACGAGUUAACGGACAAAUCAGAUGUAUACAGUUACGGUGUGCUGCUACUCGUCAUUCUCACUGGGCAGAGACCAGUGGAUCUUCGGAGACAGCCUAGGGAUCAAAAUCUUGUCAACAGAUGCAAUCGGUUGAUGACUCAGGGUCUUUUCGCGGAUAUCAUUGAUCCAAUAUUAUCAGAGGCCGUGGAGAGUCCAUACAUCCUGGAAGCCAUGAAUGCAGUUGCCAAGCUUGCAAUGAAGUGUGUAAGCAGAGAUGGCCACGAUAGGCCAACCAUGAAAGAAGUGGUUUCGGAGUUACACACUAUUCAACGAAAGACAGAGACCUCAGUUUCAAAAAUGGUUAAGAGUCUGGCGAAGAAGAUAAACUUUUCAGAAGAGUACACUUUGGUUCCACUUGCUGAUGGACAAUGGCACAAGUCCUACGACAUAUCUACCUCAAUCUCCGCCGUAGGCCGGUAGGUGGUCGGACAUUGAAAGUUCGCGGCAGUCUUCAAGUGUACUCAGUGAGUUUGAACUUUCGAAGCAUAAAAAGAAACCCGUCCCAUGGAAAUCCUUGAGUAUGGGAUCCUUUUAUUGUAUCAUUAGGGACCUGUAAACUAAGAGAGCAUACGAUGAUUCGAAGUAUUAACAAUCGUUCGAUCAGGUUGAUUAUCGAUCGGUUCCUGGACCCUUUAUUAUCUAGUCUUCCAGAAGUUUGUCAUGGGAUGGAAAAGCAACUUUCGUUGCACAUUAGAGAGUCCGAACUGUAAGUCUUAUUUUUCCUCAUCAGAAUCUAUUGUAAAUAUCAGGGAG